AUGGACAAAAUCGUGGCUGACACGGGAGUUGAUGGGAUUGACUGGGGCGGAAGUGGAGCCAUACAGGGGGAGAUAAAGAAGAUAAACUUAAAAACUUUACCCAAGACUGUACAUGCUGGGCUUCUUAAUCCACUGACAAACGCUGUGAAAUGCUCUCUGAUAAUAGGAGACUAUCUUUAUUUCCAUUAUGGCUGUGAUGGACAGGAUGACAGGGGUUGGGGAUGUGGCUACCGGACCAUUCAAACGAUGGCCUCUUGGCUGUGCCAUAACUGGUCCCAACUCCAGGACAAACAAAGGCCUCCUCCAAGCCUUCCUGAAAUCCAACAAGCCUUGGUCAGCCUGGGGGACAAACCAGAGUCAUUCUCGAACUCCAAGGAGUGGAUUGGUACGUUUGAAGCGUCCCUUGUCCUCGACUAUCUCUUUGAUGUCCCCUGUAAAGUGGUGCAUGUAAGAGGCGGUGGUGCAGAGCUGGAGCAGGUUGCAGUGGAGGAGCUCCAUCGGCACUUUGAAAAGCACGGCUCCCCAGUCAUGAUGGGAGGAGACAGAGACAACUCCUCUAAGGGAAUAUUAGGGGUGUGCACAGGGGACAAGGGGAGUUACUUGCUCAUUCUGGACCCCCACUAUUAUGGAUGUAAGCUUGAGAAGAUGGACCUGCAGAGGCAGGGGUGGGUGGCAUGGAAGAAAGUGUCAUCUCUGGAUCACUCAUCGUUUUAUAAUCUCUGUAUGCCACAAACUUCCAAAAAAUGA